AAAACGCACUGUGAAAAAAAAAUGGCAGCGCCCAUGGAAUCAAAACAAAUUAAGAAAUGAAAAUAGAAUUUUGAUUGAUACAAGCUGUUAAUCAAGAAAAGAUCAAUCAUGAACCAAAGCCCACAGUUCACUUUAAGAAUAAGAACUGAACAAGAUCAAGACAUUGACUGGAUGGUUCAUCCUGAGGAAAUUACCUUUCACCAGGCUAUGGAAGUGAUUUCGAAAAUUUUACCAGGGACCACAACAACAGCAUUUCAGUACAUUGAUGAAGAUGGUGAGAAGAUUACAGUCAGGAGCGAUGAAGAACUGAAAGCUAUGUUUCAGAUGUAUAUGUGUGAACUCACUGAGGAGGAUAUCCAAAGAGGCCUGAUGGAACCGUUAGUUAUUUAUCCAAGAGUUGGAAAGACACCAAAAGACAGAAAUAGAUUUGAUCUGAGGAUUAAAACACAGAAAGGUUCUAAAACUCCUAGAACAAAUGUUCAGCAGUUUCAAGCUAAAAGUCUACAAAAGGAGACCACAGGUGAUCAGCCUAUGGAACACAGUGAGGAACCAAUGGAGCUUAGUGCCAGGGGCUUCAGUCAGAUGGCUGGUUCCCCUCCUAACCUAAAUACUUCUUCCCAUCCUCAUACACUCCAUCCUGGGCAACAGCUGUCUGGUUCUCCGCAUAUGCAAAAUAUUAGUCCCAGUCAGCAGAGAACCAGUCCUGGUUCCAUACAAAUGCAUCAAGUGAGUCCUGGCCAUUAUGGAGCUGGGAACCAAAGUAGGGCAGAAAACAUUAAAGAAAUACUAACUUGUGGAAGGAUGACAGCAGAUGAUUUACAACAAAUUGCUCUCAUUGGUAGUGGCAAUGGGGGACAUGUCUACAAAGCUUUCCAUAUUCCAACUCAGCGACUUAUGGCAGUAAAGAUUAUACAGCUAGAUGUUGAUAUAGAAGUACAGAAGAAAAUUCUUCUAGAGUUAGAAAUUUUAUAUAAGUGCCAUUCACCAUCAAUCAUUGGAUUCUAUGGUGCUUUCUUUAUAGAGAAUAGGAUCUCUAUUUGUACAGAAUUCAUGGAUGGUGGGUCGUUAGACAACUAUGGUCAGAUACCUGAACCAAUACUUGGUCGUAUGGCUGUCAAUAUGGUCCAAGGUCUUAUAUACAUGUGGAGUCUCAAAAUAUUACAUAGAGACAUUAAACCCUCAAAUAUUCUAGUCAACACAGAUGGUUAUGUUAAAUUAUGUGAUUUUGGAGUCAGUACUCAACUUGUUGAAUCAAUUACAAAAAGUCAUGUUGGAACAAAUGCAUAUAUGGCACCAGAGAGAAUAAAAGCUGAGCAUUAUGGUGCACCAUCUGAAGUCUGGAGUUUGGGCGUUACACUGUAUGAGCUUGCAGCUGGAGAGUUUCCUUUUGACAAAAUGCUGGAAGAGGGAAAUGUUAAUGUAUUAAGGCUGUGCAAUACAAUUCUUGAAGAGAAGUCACCUACAUUGCCAGAGGAAAAGUUUUCAGCAGCAUUAUGUGACUUUGUUGCUAGAUGUUUGCACAAAGACCCACAGAAGAGGAUUACUCAUCCAGAGUUACUGGCCCACCCAUACAUACAGAACUUUAUUGAGGACGACACAAGUAGGAGUGUCCUGUCAGCAUGGAUUAAAUCACAGUUACCCCUGAUACAAGCAGGCAAAAUAAAGAAAAAGAAAUCAUAGCACAGGCCAAACAUGAUUGUUAGCACAGACUGAUAAAUAAUUAUACCUGAUUUGAUCAGGAUAUUUAUAGAAAAAGAAGAGAUUGUAGUGCAGUCUGGGAUGUAUGGUUUAUCUGCAUGGACAAGUGACAGGUAGAUGAACACAUUGUCAGCUGGAUUAAAUCACCAUAAUUAUACCCCCACUUAACAUUGUUUGCUAGGGGCGGGGCAGGGGGCACUUCCCUUAAUGUGUUAUGUCCCUCAUUCUCAAGAUAAUGUGAGAUUAUUUAAUGUGUCUUCUUAACUGAAAUCACAGAUCCAACCUCAACAAUUGAUUUAUUAUUUGCCUAUUUUACGUUGUUUCUGUACACAGCGAGACCUACUUCUAACUGGUUACAUCAAGUAAAUUAAGACUAUUUUUCUGUUCAUGUAAUGCUUUACUUCUUCAGACUAAUUUCUGUGGUACGAUCCAACAUUAUCAAAAUAUAUCUGGUGCGGUUGAAGACAUUGAGCAUAGCAAAAGCAAUUGUCCGUUCUGUACGCUACACCAAAGCAAACAUAAUACAGGUGCCACUUGUAAGGAAAUGUACAUGUCUUACCAAAACUUUAAAAAUGCUAGGUUUUGCAGUUGUUAAGCUUGUUUUACAGUGUUUUUUAUGUAAACAGUAUGCUGAAAGUAAACAUUAUUUAAUUAAACAUUAAAAGAAAAUGAAAAUAUAAGGAAUCAUAUAUAAACGUAACAUUUUAGCGAACAUGGCAUCUUCUACUGAGAUAACAAGAAAAGAUAAACGCUUCAUAUGUACAUAUACACUGUAUUUGCUGUAUUGAAUACAAAACUUUUAAUACUUUUACAAGUUUUACAAUAAAAAUAAAAAAGAGCAACCACAAAUACAUGUAUACAAUAACGAAACGUUGAAUAUAAAUAUUAAACAUACAAUUAGAAUAACAAAAUGUAGAAUAAAGAAAAGUAUACAAUAAGAAAACACUGAAUAAUAUUAAAGAACAUUCGAUAAAAUAGAAUAUGAAUUGAUUUAGCAACAUUCGACAUGCCUUACUUGACUAAAGUUCUUUAUGCAAGUUGUUAUUAUUGCAACAAUAAAAUUUUAAUUUGUAACAAAAGAACAAAGUUACAACAGUCUUGCAUGACUAUAAUGGAAGUUAUGACCCAAGUUGUAUUUCACAUAUCUUGUUUAGCUUGAUUAAAACAGCAUUCUUGGGAAUCGACCCUCCAGAAAACUUGUUUGUUAUAGCUGAUAAAUGUUAUAAACUGUUAUAUACUACAACACUAUUGUAAUACACUAUUGUAAUAUACUAGUAUAUAUCUUUUGCUGCCAGUGUUUGCCAACUUAUUGUUGUGUGUGCAUUCCCCAUGUAUUUUGAGCAUAGUAAACCUGUGCAUGGGUAUACAUUGUUCUGGUUGUAUAUUUUGUUUCUAGUUUGUACCUGUGAUAAGCUCUGAAGUAUACUGUUGAAUAUAAAGGUUGUUCACCUUAUUCAUCUUGGUC